UACACAUAACCCAACACAAUUAUAUAUGUAUACCAUUGUCUAAAGACAGAGAAUACAUGGAAUAAACCCUCAAAAUGCACCUCAAAACCCUUCAUUUGAUAGGUCUCCUAUCACCCACAGCAGUAACAUCCCUCAGCAUCCCAAUUCCAUUCCUGUCCUCCCAGCAAGUCUUCAAUCCGACUCCCUGGUCGGACAAUGAUAUCUGCCCACUAGCUCCUAAGGUCUCCCCUCCGGAAGAUGGUCUCCUCCCAGCCCUCAGAUUCGUCGAAGACGAGUCCAUCCGGGCUCGUCAGGCGAAUCGACUCUCCAGGGCCGUGCAAGUCCCCACCACCGUGACAGAUUACUUGAAAGACCCAUAUGACGAGGGAUUCGCACCAUUUGUCGAGUUCCAGGAUCUUUUAAAGAAGCUUUUCCCUCUUGUCCACAAAAAAGCAACCCUAUCCCACAUCAACCGCCUCGGCCUGGUCUACACCGUCACCGGCAAAGACACAACCCUAAAACCCCUCCUCUUCACCGCCCAUCAAGACGUCGUCCCCAUCAACGACGCAAGCGACUGGACACACCCCCCAUUCGAGGGCUACUAUGACGGCACCUGGCUCUGGGGCCGCGGAGCCAGCGACUGCAAGAACGUGCUGAUCGGGUUACUCUCCGUAGUCGAGGAUCUGCUAAGCCAGGACUGGACCCCGAACCGGACGGUGUUGCUGGCAUUUGGGUUCGAUGAGGAGUCGCAUGGGUUCCUGGGCGCGGGAUCUAUUGCGGAGUAUUUGGAGGGGGUUUAUGGGAAGGACGGAGUGGAGUUUGUGCUUGAUGAGGGGGGAAUGGGGUUGGAGACUCUUGCUCCUUCUUCUUCUUCUUCUUCUUCUUCUUUUGCUUCUUCUGAAGAUCAAGAUGGUGAUGACAGAAUAAUCUACGCCCUACCAGGCGUAUCCGAAAAAGGCAGCGUAGAUCUCGUCUUCACGCUCUCCGUACCAGGAGGUCACAGUUCAGUUCCACCAGCACACACGGGGAUCGGGAUCCUCUCGGAGAUAAUCUACACCCUGGAGAACAACGAACUAUUCACACCCCGUCUGGACGACUCUCACCCCUCGCGCAAGAAACUCGAAUGUCAGGUGCAACACUCACCCUCCAGCGUCGAGCCCUGGCUUGCCUCCGCGCUCCAAUCAAAUGACCACGUCUCCACGGCCGAGAAACUAGCCCGCUCACGCGGCGACAAGUUCCGGUACAUCUUGCAAACCUCGCAAGCAGCCGAUCUUUUCCACGGCGGGGUGAAGACCAAUGCGUUACCGGAGCAUAUUGAAGCGAUAGUGAAUUACCGGGUAGCGUUGCAUCAGACGCCGGAAGAAGUCAAGGAUCGGGCGGUUCGGAUUGUGUCACCAAUUGUGGAGAAAUUUAAUUUGACGUUGGCGGCAUUCCCAGAAAACAAAGGGGAGGAAGAAGGGAAGGAGAACCAUUUGACGAUUUCGACGUUGAGCGGGUCUUUGUCGCCGGCGCCUGUGAGUCCGACAGGGACGGGGACUGAUGCUGUUUGGACGCGGUUUUCUGGGGUGACGAGAUCGGUGUUUGAGUCGGUGCCCAGUUUGAAGGGGAAGACGGUGGUUGUGAGUGGCGAUAUCAUGACGGGCAAUACUGAUACGAGGUUUUAUUGGAAUUUGUCCAGGAAUAUUUAUCGGUGGAGUCCGUCGCGGGUUGGGGGUGCGUUGAAUAUUCAUACCGUCGAUGAGAGGGUGGCUAUUGAUGUGCAUUUGGAGGCCAUGGCUUUGUAUUAUGACCUUAUUCGUGCUUUUGAUGCGUGGGAUGGUUCGGUCGAGUCCACUUACGAUCUGCGAUAAAUGGCCAUAACCACUCGUAUAAGCAUGAUUAGAUCCGUAAACGACCUUUAUAUAUGCUUGAAUGAAAACAGCUUUGCAGCCCAGAGAGUUCCUUUGAUGGAGCAUCUGUUAUCUACACCUGCAACUGUUUGUUUGACCCAAGUACAAUAACACUGUUGUAUUUGCGGACAAAUAAGAAUACUAUAUAUGCAAUGCGCUAUUCACAACGGUCACAGUCUGGUCCAACGGCCAUGGUAAUAAUAGAAUUAAUAACAAAGUAAGCGAGUGUCCCCCCCCCCUUCUCGCGCACCAGAAGCAAACAUAAGCAAAUAUACUGUGAAUCCCUCCUAGUCGAGAAUUAGCAAU